AUGGGUGGAAUAGAAAAUGCCCUAACCCUUUUCAUUCUUCUAACAAUUUCUCAUGUGUCCCUGCUACUAAAUUCUGUCAUUGCAGUUAAUCCUAGCGGGUUUAGUAUGAAGAUUAUUCAUAGAGACUCUAUAGAAUCACCUCUAUAUCCAGGCGAUCAUUUGACACAAGAAGAAAGAUUAGAAAGACUCGUGCAACAAUCCAAAGAUCGAGCACGCUACAUUGGAUUACAAAUAUCAAGUUUCAACAAAACAACAAACUCGAUAAACCCCGAUGUUGCACGCUUACCUCUAGAAUACGAAGUUGGAUCGUUCUAUGUUGCAUUGGUAGGAAUAGGUACUUUUAGUAAGUUACUACAAACUUUCAAAAAUUACUAUUUAAUGGUUGAUACCGCUAGUGAGUUUAUAUGGACUCAAUGCGAAGGUGGUGACUCCUAUUUUCAUCAAGACGAACCUUAUUAUCCUUCAAAAUCUUCAAGUACAUAUGAACCUCUUCUUUGUAAUAAAGAUACAGGGGAACGUCACCCACUUUGCGUCCCCGAAAGAUGUGAUUAUGGCAAAUGUACUUACUUAGCACAAUACGCAAGUGGCUCAUCUUCCUUAGGAGUAUUGGCUAAAGAAAAAUUCACUGUAAAUUCAGAUAACGGUGCCCUUCAAUCUUUCGAUAAUAUUAUCAUGGGUUGUGGCUUUGUUCAGAAGGAUUUCGAUCGACUUGUUGGUGUUGGUUAUAGAAGUGGGAACCCUGAUGUUAUAACAGGAAUACUUGGUCUAAAUGCAGGACCUAGGUCUUUUCUAACUCAAUUAGGUCCUGCCGGAGAAAGAAAAUUUGCACACUGCCUGAUGCCAUAUACUUAUGGAACGGCUCCAAGCACGUUCUUAAGGUUUGGUUCAGACGCGAAUUUUGGAGGUGAAGGUCAACAAGUAUCCACAACUCCCUUAGUUUCUUAUCCUGCUAACCCAAAUUUCUAUUACGUGAUAUUACAAGAUAUUAGUGUAGGUGGGAAUAGCCUCGGAUUUCACCCAAGGGAUUUCGAGUAUAAGGCGAAUAUUAGAAAAGGCGGUUGUUUCAUGGAUUCAGGUUCUCCAAUAACCACCAUGUACGGACCUCACUUUGAUAGAGUUGCGCAAGAGGUGGUGAGAUAUUUUCUGGUUCACGAAGGCAUUCAACUUGUUCCGGCAGCACGUCGCAGUUAUUUACAAUUGUGUUUUAGAAAACCUAGUGAGCCUGAUUUUAAAUAUCCAACAAUGACAUUUCACUUUGAAGGUGCUAAUUUUUUACUCGACGAACCAGAUACUAUUUUUUCCAUCACCGCUAAUGAUUUUUGUCUAGGUAUUAUUCCGCAACCAGAGCGAGUGCCAUUUGAUGUCAUUUUUGGAGCAAUGCAACAAGCUCGUAAAAGGAUCGUACAUGAUGUUGGGGGAGGCUCACUCUCAUUUGCUAAAGAGGAAUGCCAACUGGGCUCAUAA